GUAUACAUUGUUGACAGAUCAGGAAGUAUACAGGAACGGCAUUUUGACGAAGCAGUAGAAUUCAUAUACAAUGUAACAGAAUUCCUAACCAUUGAUGAUCAAAAUCUAAAAGUAUCUGUAAUGACGUUUUCCUCUGAUAAUAGACUUGACAUUGCUUUCGACUCAUAUACAAAUAAAACAGAACUUCUACAAAAAAUCAAGAACUUGAAAGGAACUAUUACAAAUGGGAUAACAAAGACAGGAAUGGCUAUCAAUUAUACCCAAUCCACAAUUCUUACGACAGGCAAUGGUGCUAGGUCCGGAGCUGAAAUUGCAGUUAUCGUCAUGACCGACGGACAGUCUUCCGGAUAUCCUAAACCUGAAAUGGAAGCUGAUAACCUACGAACAGAUGGCGCUGAGGUGUUUUCGUUAGGAAUAGGUUCUGCUCUUUCCGCCAGUAAUGCUGAACUGAAGGGAAUAGCAAGUAAUCCUGAUUCGUAUUAUCUGUUGUACGUUUCAAGCUUUGUAUACUUGUGCAAUCUAGUUCCUGACCUAGUACCAAAAUUAGAAAGCAGUAUUGCUGCUACCUUACUAUCUGACUGUCCGGAAGAUCCUGUAGUUGCUUCGAUGGAACAGAACUACACCUCAACACAUCCAGAAUUUUCUACAGCAGACGCAACAACGCAUCCAGAGUUACUUACAAUAGAAGCAGACUUAACAACAACGCAUCCAACAUUAUCACCAACUGAAAUGGUUCUAAACACAACAAGUCUUGGAUUAGCCCCAGUGGAACCUAAUUUUGGUUCUUCUGCUGUUAUUUUAGAUCCAACUAUUGCAGCCUUUAUAACAACAACUCUACUUUGUUUGAUUAAAACAUUGUAA